AAAAUGGCUUCCUGUCCCAGGGUUUCCUGUAUCCAUGGCAACCUGACUUCAGGCACUUCUUUCUUAGUUUCCUGAGCAAACUGUUUCAAACCCAGGGGCAAAAAUGUGAGUGCUGUAGUACACAGCAAUACUGCCUUUACAAAGGUUUCACAAAUGAGUGUAGUUGGUCAGCUUAUAACAUAGUCCAGUGGACUGCAAACAGCAAAAUAACGGAAAUAAUGAACUUCAGAUUUGGGUGAAGUCAGAGAUGAGUAAGAAGGCCAAAGACAGGGAUAUGUGUAUUCUGCAAAAUUCUCCACCCUGCCCAGGAGCAUUCCUGUAUAUAUUUAAUUGUUUUCUUUUGUUGCUGCUCCAGAAGGAGGCUUUUGGCUGUCCAUCUGCUUGUCAGCUCUGCACAGGGAGACAAGUUAGCUGUCGUAAUGCAGGGCUUUCAAGCAUCCCUUGGAACCUUCCAAAAACAACAAUUCUUGUUUACCUCAGUGGAAAUAAUAUAUCACAUGUCACUCCAAAGGAUCUAAGUGGCUUUCAGAAGCUUGCUGCACUCUACAUGGAUAACUCCAGUAUUUUGUAUGUACACCCAAAAGCUUUUGUGGACCUCCCCAAACUGUGCUACUUGCAUCUAAAUAACAAUAAUAUUAAACGCCUGGAUCCAGGAAUCUUUGAAGGCCUUUCCAAUCUUCAUUGUUUAUACCUUCAGAAUAAUCAAAUAGCUUUUCUUCCCAGAGGAUUAUUUAGUGAUCUUCUUUCUGUUAGAUACUUAACACUUCAAAGAAAUCGUCUCAGUGUCCUUGGAAGUGGGACUUUCUGGGGAAUGAUAAGUCUUCAGACACUAAACCUAGCAAAUAAUAAGAUUUCACGGAUAUCAGAUUCAGCAUUUCAUCAUCUUGAAAAUCUUGCAUAUUUGUUUCUUGAAGGUAACAACUUAACACUUGUGCCAUCAAAUGCUAUUGGACGGCUCAAAAAUCUUGAAAGACUUUCUUUGUCUCACAAUCCCAUUGGAUCAAUUCAGCCUUUUGCAUUUAAGGGACUUAACAAGCUUAGAUAUCUGUCUCUGAAAAAUGUCAAGCUAAAAUGUGUUGCUGUAAAUGGAUUUUUUGGAUUAAACAACCUUAGCCAGCUAAUCUUAAGUUAUAAUGAUUUAGAAAGUAUAAAUUCCAGCACUUUCACUUUGUUGAACAAUUUAAUGUAUCUACAGCUAGACAGAAAUAAAAUAGCCAAUAUUGGUGAUGGUACCUUUGAAAAAAUGGGGCAGUCACUUAGAGUACUCAGUUUAGCUUUUAAUAAUAUCACGGAAUUACAACCUGAAGUGCUCAAACCGUUAGUAUCUUUAACUCAUCUGCAGGUACAUUCUAAUCCUUGGAACUGCAGCUGCAAAAUGCUUGCGUUACUUAAUUGGCUAGCAUCAUCUUCCGUUUCUGUAAAAAUCCACUGUCAGAAUCCCCAGAGUAUGCGUGGGAGACCUUUGCAUUAUAUGAAGUGGGCUCGGUUUUCAAACUGCAUUGGCCCCACUGCCGACCCAGGCUCUGCCCCAAGUCCAGGAUCUGUUGGGAUGCAUCACAGCGCUACCACUCUGCUGAUGGCCUGGCAUAAAGGGAACAGGCACAACACGUUGCAGCAGUUUCUCACUGCAGAAACUAAGUACAUUGCUUUCUGGGAAGGAACUACAGCUACAUCUUCUACCCCACUGCCUUAUGAGGAAUAUGCUGUUGAAAUGCCAUCACAGGCAGCUACGGUGUUAUCAACAUUACCAGUGCAAAUACCAGCGGAAAUUAUACCUACUAAUAGAAAUGUAGAAGAACAGUUGUUUACAACAGAUCCUGCUCCUGUAUCAUUGAAAACAACUCUGAUUUGUACACAACAGGUUGAAGAGCUGAAUCAAGCUUUUGACAUCUUACUAGCCUUUUUUAUUCUGGCUUGUGCUGUUGUCCUGUUCUUAACUUGUAAAGUUAUUCAGUUUAGGCAGAAACUAAAGGUGCUGGAAAACUCAGGGGAAAAGAGUAUAGAAUAUUAUGGCUUUUAUCAGCCUGGCAGAUACAACAUAACUGACUCAGUGCAAUCUCUAACUCGGAAAUCAGUGGAACAUUCAGAACUGGACCAAAUAAGGCUACUCAAGCGAACAGCAUCAGAAAGUCAGGCACAGGUCAUCUUGUUCGAACAUUCAUCAUUGUAAUUUAUCUCAUUUGAUUUGGUGGUAUGAAAGGUCAAGAAAUCAAGAACUCAAUUCUGUAAGAAUACCUCCACCAAUUAAAAUCAACUGCUUAACAGAACUGUGGAAAAUGGCACAAUUUGGGUUCUGCAUCACCAUUUGCUUACUGAAUGUUUUGAAAUUUAUUGAUUAUUUCAUUAUGUCAUUUCAAACUAACAUGGAUAGGUUUAUUAACCUCAGUCCCUAUUUGUAAUAAUCAUUCACCUAUGCUCAAUUAUACAUGCAGUAUAAAGUACACUUUAAUUUAUUUUGCAGUAUUAAUGAUGUAAGUUCCUAUAGAAAUAAGGAAGCAGCACAACAUCUUUUUGGGAUCAUGAAGCCAAGAAAUUUUGGGGAUUUAGAAAACUGUGUUUCAUGUGUUCAUUGUAAUAGAGUUUCUACUCUUCCUCUGUUAAAUAUAGCUCAGUGGAAAAAAAGCACGUUUACAGCUAGCAUGUUCAAACUCUUGAGUAAGAGAAUAAUGUCAAACUAUACAAAUUCUGUUCAUACCUAUAGCAUAUUGUAAUAUACAAAGUUGUGUGUUCAGUGUGUAUAAUGAAUAUAUUAAAGUGAUAGUGUGUGUC